AUGGGAUUUUUGAGUGGUGUGCUUGAGGAUGUCAGCGAGAAACAGCCUUACAGUGUGGGUAAAACAAUACUAAUAGAGAUUGUUACUGAGCUUAAAAAUAAUUUAUCCACCGGGCGUGAGGGUUUUAAGUUCAUUGCGCAGGUGGCGGAUAGGGUGCGGGGGUAUAAUGAGAGUGUUAGAAAGCAGAAUGACUACGUCAAAGAAAAAAUGAAAUUGUUGACUUCAGAUAUGCAAACAAUUAAAUGCGAGGUGGGUGAAAUACUCCAGGAUGAAGAAACUAUCGAAGCGGGAAGAAUUUAUCGAGCUGUGGAUAACGUGAAUGGUAAGUUGGAAGUUGGCAUUAGAAAAACCAAGGACUAUUUGGGCUAUAUAUCGUCGGUGCCAAAUAUCCUUAGUGACUUUAAUUUACGUCUGAAACAUAAAGUAGAAAACGUCAAUAUGAGUGUCAAACAUGAGUACGAUAGGCUUUGUGACAUGUCAGACAAGGAGAAAAAAGAUCAUAAUGAUAUGGAGGUAAUGAUAAAAACGGCGCAUGAAAAUUUAAGAAAGAGUGUUAAUGAUAAAGUUGAAUAUGAAAUAACGGAGUUGAUUUAUAGGUUUAAGAAGAGUGUCACGGAACUGCAAAAAAAAUUGCAAAAGAUUAACGAAGGUCUUGCAUAUUAUGCUAGAAAUGUCUACUCGUGGAUUGAGAAAGCUGAUAAAAUUAUGCAGACGGCUUUGGAUUUAAUAACGAAGAUUUUGGAGGAGGUAAAACAUCCUGCGUGUUCCGAUUCGAAUAAGGAUAAUCUUGAAAAAGCCAGCAAGGCGUUGAGAGAUAAGGCGUAUGAGCUUUUCAAUGCUGGUACCAAGGCAAACGAUGCGGUGCAGCAGUACGUUAAAGCAGCGCUAGGGCAGGUAAAAGAAAUGGAUGGGAAGCUGAAGGAGGAUUUGUACAAGGUGAAGCAGGCUGUUAGUAGGCAGGUGGAGGAAAUUAAGACGGCGAUUGGGAAGUUGUAUAAAGUUGUUGAGAGCGGAAGUGCGGAAGGAGCAGAUGAACAUAAGAAAAAAGUUGACACACUUAUUAAGCAUAUCAAAGGCAGAAUCGGGGCGAUAAAAGGAGAAGGAAGAAACACUAAUGGUCUUGAUUUCAUUAGGAGAGGUGUAAUAACGUAUGUAACGGGAUACAAUAAAAAAUUUGAAACAGAGAAUUUGUUGAAGUGGGUGAAGAAGGUGGUUAGUUUGAGCGACGAUGCGGAGGGUUAUGUCGAAAUGUACCUUAGCGGUAUUCAUGAUGAGCUGACGGACGAACAUAAGUACGGUCAGCAAACCCUGGCUAAAAUUACUGAGCUACUUAAGACUACUAUUACAGCCGAGCUUCAUAAAAUUGCAGCAAAACAUACGAUCGAUCUCAACCACAAUGGCAAUAUUGAUGUAAACUUAAAAUCGAUCCAGAAAUUUUUAGAUAAACUAAACAGUGGUGCUUUACAACAACUAACGAAGACAAUUGUCGAUCAUAUUCAGCAGCAGUUACAGCGUGGCGGUGUUGUACGCGAAAUUCCUACGCAAACAGACGAUCUUAGCCAAGCCGUCAGAAUAGUCCUACAUGCCGUAUCUACGGCCACAGAUAGAUUGGGGGAAGAGAUUAAUGAACUCGUAGAAACAUGCAAAUUACAGAACAUUACACAUACGAUGAAUUCAAUCACAGUGCUCUUCGAUAAGUUUGACAAUGCACUUGGAUUGAAUGCUCCUCUCACCUUCGGCGCCCAAAGCACCAACCACGCCGCCGCCGUCGACUCCGCGAUCACGGAGGUUACGACUGAGCUUGGAAGGCAGUUGCCUCCUGAAGGUGGUAACAAGGCACAGAGUCAUGUACAGCUUAAUAAAGGAACAUUCACCGCAUACGAAAAAUUUGUCGUCCAACCCAUAAAAGAAGGUGAGCUAACCGGCGCUUCCGACGGUUCCGAAGGCUCCCUCCCCGCGGCGAUCGGUGAGAUUAAGACGGAAGUGGAGAAAGCAUUGUCCGAGAUUGGCAAAUUCAAUGGUGACUCUCAGCAGGAGUUAGCAAAAGUCACCUCCAAAAUCGAUGCACUAUGUUCCACUAUCAAGCAGGCAGCGGGAGACGAAGAAGGGCUGAAGAAAGUAUUAACCGAAUUUAAAAAAGAGGAAAUUUCCAAAGGCGUCGACAAAAAAGGCCUGCAAGCGCUACACAAAAAAAUUACUGAGCUAAGAGAAAAUAAUUUGGUCGCCUCCAUCAGAGACACUGAAGGAUUGCUUAUAUUAGCAGACAUGGAAAGAACAACUUUUAUAGACACUCUUCGGAAACAUAUCGACUACCAAGUUAAUGUUGCCCAAACCGCUCUUCUGAGAACCGCCCGCCGCAACUACGUCACCUCCGUCAAGGCGCUCCUCACCGCGUUCGCGGACAAGGUCGGCCAGGAGUUGAAGGGGUUGCCGGGGGAGAUUGAGAGGGAUUUGACGAUCGGGUUCAAGGGGUUGAUGAAGACGUUGGAGGAUGGUAGUACGCACAAGGAUGCAAAGCAACAAGAAAAUAUUAAACUACUAAGCAAUCUCACCGAUAAGUCUGCUUCAUCAGGCUCUAAGCCUAUGACCUUCACCGAGUUGGCCCAGAGCUUCUAUGAAUUUUUGAUACCUCUGGACACUUACAUACAAAAAGAGAUAAAGAAUGUGCACAAUGAAGAAAAUGAAAAGAAAAAUCCAAACCCGUCGAACACUGAAACUCUUUACACUGGCAAGUUUAAUGCUGUUGUUAAAGGAUUUGAAUCUCUCCUCUUCCACCUUAUAGAAAGGAAAAAGUACGAUUGUAAUGUGCCUAAUAAACUACAAAACCUCAUAGAUACACUCACCGACCUUAAGCCAGAAAACUUCGCCACACCGAAUAGCCCGGUCUUGGAUGGUGUCAUAGAGGGGCUCACGAAAUUCGCGGAUGAGCUGGACAAGGCGUACAUAUCGGUGUAUGACAGUCAAAUAUGCGGUGAACUUAUAAAGGACUAUAAACAAGUAUCCAAUCUAACAGGAGUAGUGGAGACGUAUGACCUAACUGACGAAGGCAGGAACUGCGCAAAAGUGUUCCUAAGUAUACUCGAGACGCUAUUCCACGAUCUCCACGUAUUAAGGAUAAAUUGCAUUCCAAAAAGUAGUCAGUGGCAUAGUAAGGACGUUUGUUUGUAUGACGUGGAGGAAGAUGGAAGCCGCGUUGAAAAUCGUCUAGGCGGCUGGUUGAGAGGCCGCGGUUUCCGGGUGUCCCAAACUAAAGCCAGUCAUGAUGGUGAAUUAAGAAUUCAACCUCAUUCAACGAAAAAUGGAAUACACGGAUUCAUGGUUAACGGCAGCAACGAUAAAUAUCUCUUCAAGAAUAAUGAUCACAAAGAACAAAGUCGCGCAGUUCAGAAGCUUAUCCACCACCUUCACGAUUACUGGAAAGUCUGCCACCUCUACAUUCCUCAUAACCCCAAAACGCCGUCUAACAUCAAUCAGAUGCUUCAGUGGCUUGCCGGUCUGCGCUUCAGGCCGGACCUCAAUCCACUUUAUAUGUGCUUCAAGGAAUCGUUUCCUAAGCCUGAAGGAAUGGAACACUUGUCAUAUAAGGAAAUUAAGCGAGAAGAUGUCAAGCUCUCCGCCACCACUACGAUCACGUAUCAGGAAAUGGCAGCCAUAACAUUGCGAGAUGUUUGUCUGCAAUCGUAUGACAUAUUGCUCGCAAUCCAAGGCCAUGGUCACGCGAGUGGGCGGUACGCAGUUGACUUCCGCACAAACGUCGAUAAUUUAGAUUAUCCCAGCAACGCUGCAUCAUGCUUUGACAUGCUCGUCGAUGUAUCAUACAGAGUGUAUGACCAACUGUAUUUCGUAUUCAUUCAGUGUCAGCGCACAUCGGAGGCUAACAGUUGGCGUGAGUGUUGGUACGGUCGUCAUAUUGGUGGGUCAUCAUGGGAGUGCAAUUCCAUGCAAUGUCCUAACCAACGAUGUCCUCAAAAGGUUGACCAAAUUGCCAACCAAAACGCUAACCAAAAUGCUAAUCAAAUCGCUAGGCAAACGUGUGACCAGCACCCUAAGUGCGGUAUCAAGUCACCCUUGCAGUCGUUUUUGGAAGACGGCUUACAAGGCUUCCUGCCACAUUCACUUACAAAAAUUGGCUGCGGAGAAGAGUGUUCACUGGGCAAGCACAGAGGGUUACCAUGUAAAACGCCAAUGGGAUAUGCUGCCCUUGGUGUUGAAGCAUCUCAUACGAAAAAGGGUGAGAACCUUGCUGAUAUUUUAGAAGGUUUCUGUGGCAAACGAAAUUCAUCGCUUACUCUAUUAUGCGCGCAAUUCACCUGUUUGUUACAGAAAGCACCUCAGUCGUUGGACGACAUGUUCUCGUUCUUCUACAACUUCCUUAAGGACCGUACUACCAACAGCGAGCAUAGGCUGGCGGCAUUCGAGAAUGCAGUUCGAAAAGCCAAUUUCGGCGAUGCUACUAAACGCUUGGACAUUACGUGUAUGUUCAGUGACAAAUCUCAUGGCACUAAUGGUACGUCUACUCAUAUUAAGGGUGACCUGUAUUGUCUCUACAGUUGCGACUACGAUUCCGAACCAGAGAUUACUUGCGGUAGAUACCUACAGUCUUGCGGCAUAAACAUAUGGUCUACGUUCUCAAGCAAAAACAGCGGCAGGUAUCUGUCGUGGAUUGUUUACUUAACUGAAACGUUCUAUGAUUUGCUGAAGCAACUUUACGAGGAGUGCUGCAAUAAUUGCAACAAGCCGGGCACCAGAUGCUACGGCAAGAUUUGCGCCGAAAAAUGCCAAGUGCAAAUGUAUUACAAAUCGCAAGCAUCCGAUUCUAAGGUUAAAACGCCCGCUACCAUCACGCAUCCUAAUCACGAUAAGCAAUGCAAAUCUAUCGCGACGUGUCCAUUCACUCGUCCAACACUGUCGAAGUAUGGCUUCGUUCUUCAAAGCUCACACAACCUCAGUGGUUCACACAAUGUGGCAUCCAAAAGGACGUGCCAAGAUUUGUGCGAAACCUUGAAAAGAGUGCUCAGCGACGAAAAAGAUAAAAAUAAUGUACUUGCUAAGUUAGUACAUGAGACCAUCCCGGAGUUCCUUUACCAGAUCCGUUUCCCGUUCAUGACCCUAACCCUCGCCCUCUGGCUCCUCUCUUUCCUAUACCUCCUCCACAUCAUGGUCAUACGCCUCGACCUGCUCCACAUCAAAUCGCACCUACAUAGUCCCUCGAGUCAUCGCAUCGCUGCUCAAUCGCUACUUGCGGCUGCGCGUGUUAACAAGCUUAACAGAGUGUUUUAUCUGCAACCAUAA